UUAUGUGACUGCGAGGACUUCGAGAUGGUAUUUGCAUGUCAAAAUCAACCUUUCUUGAGGGAAUUGAGAACAAAAGUGAUUUCGUGUGAAAAAGCUAAAUUAGAUGACAAAGAGGGCUACGAAGUGAUUCUAAAAGAUACGAUCUUGUUUCCAGAGGGUGGUGGACAGCCUGAUGAUAGGGGAUCGAUAAAUGGCAUUGAAGUCCACAGAAUCACAAGAAGACAGGAUUUAGCUGUCCAUUUUGUACUAGAACCUUUAUCAAUAGGAGAAGAAGUGCAUUUAACCAUUGAUUGGACAAGAAGAUUUGACCACAUGCAACAGCACUCUGGUCAGCACUUAAUUUCUGCUUUAUUUGAAAAGGAAUUUGGCCAUGAAACCUUGUCCUGGUAAGUGCAUCAUUUCUAAUUGAUUCAAUAUAUCAUGGGAGAUGUCUGGAAGUACAGUAUCUUGAAUACCUACACAAAACCAAAUUUAUUAAGAUAUAUUUGGUGAAGUUGUCCUGCCCUGUGGCUUUCAUAUUUCAAUGGAUUUUCAAGUAUCCCAGAUCUGACAUUGAUAUUAAUUACAUGCAAUUCAUUAUAAUGAGUAUGUUUGCCUGGAACUUCUUGAAUGCAUAAACUCCAUAAAAUAUAUUUUAAUUUAGCUUUCAAAAAAUGUCUGCAGUUGUUUCUAGCUUUGUUAUUAGGGACAAUUCAGGGGGGACACUACAACAAGUAAGAACUCAAAAAAUAAAUCUUAACGGUCUGCAUUCAAAGUGAAAAGGUAUCAUCACUUCAAACUAAGAAAUUGUCAUGGUGUUGAUAAUUCAUUGUCGAUAUGUUUUUUAAGGUGUUAAGGAUGCAUUAGAUUAUUAAAUUCAAAAUUUCAAGUUCAAUAUUUYCAUAUUAUAGAUUUUUUGUUGAAGUCAGACCAUUAUUAUCUGAACAAAGUCUGAGGCUUCAUACAGAUUUAUGUCCACGGCAUACUUGUAAACAAUCUUCGAGUUGUGUCCCCAUUGCCAGCUUGAUUAGGCUUAGUAAUAUUUCAAGAACCCCAACAACCCCAUUUAAUCAGCCACCCACCCGCCACCCAUCUUCCAUAAUAAUGAASAGUGCCUUAUUUACCUAAGGAUAGGUCUCCUUAUUAGCCUGAAUUUUUGUUGGCCAUAGAUACAUGUAUCUUUUAUUUUGACUGUGUGUACUGAUGGCCAUGAAGCUGUGUCUCCAGAUCUUGCAAUGUCUGUCUCACAUAUCUUCCAUAUUUUAUGUUAUUGAUGUUUUUCUGUCACAUGAGGCUGCAAGAGGAGGCAGCAUGGCUGAGUWAAUCARAGCAUUGGUCCUAUGAUCUGAUCUGUGAUCUUCAAAAUAGCUUUUACGCCAUGCUAAGUAAUAUAGCCAACUUGUUCGCCUCAUUGCCAGUUGGGAUUCUUAUCUACUUGAUGUURUUUAUGAUUAAUAUAUGGUUAUUUCUAAUUUGACAGCAGAAGAGGAUCUGAAAACUGAUCUCAGUACCUAUUCAAAAACUUAUUUUUCAGUAAAAUCACAUCAGAAAACUUAAUUUAC